AUCAUCAGACCAAGCUUUUGAUAGAUUUUUUUUGUUUAUUGAGAUUGUUAUUUUGUGUUUUAAAUACAAAAUUUGAAAAAGAUUCCUUGUAACAAUUACAUUCUUGUUAUAUUUUAAAUAGCAUUAUAGAAUAAUGAGUUUAGACGCCUUAACUAUCUCAAGAAGAAAGUUGAACGAUGUGCUUAGUGAUAAAACAACUAAGUAUUAUAACCAUAUGAAGCAGUGGUUUAGAAUGAAGCUUACUAAAGAAGAAUUUGACGCGGAAGCUCGUUCUUUACUAACUCCAGAGCAAAUUCACUACCAUAAUGAUUUCCUUCUUGCAUUGUUGAAUAAAGUAGAAGGAUUAUCUGAAACAUCGAUCACAAUAGCCCAAGAGAAGGCGAGGUCUCAUAACAGGAACAGCAGGCGGCAUAAAAGGGCUUCCCGAACAUCAGAGAAAUCUAACUUUGAAGCGGUGGAUUUGCUAGAAUACUUGCCACCGAAUUCUCCCCCUGGUGCUGGAAGUGAUGGUGUUAAAUAUGCUACGCAGGAAAUAUUUUUACCGGACCAUGCUUUAGUUGUUGGAAGGUUUAUGCUGGCUGCUUGGGAACUUGGUUUAGAAGGUGCUGAUGAUGAAGCAGCCGAUAUCAUUGUGGUGGCUGUACAAAACUUCCUUAAAAAUAUUAUAAGUGCAGUUGUUUCCCAAAGAAAAGGAUACAAACAACGAAAUAAAUAUUUCAUGUAUGAUGUUGGUGGAGAUAUACCAAACAUGUGGUUAAGAAGUAGAAACAAGUUGUAUGAUCCACAAAGUGAGGGCAGAGUAUGUGUGGACGAUGAUGUUGAUGCAAUGGGUCCGAGAUGCCCACCAACAAUUGAUGAAGUGGAACAUUCAGCUGCAUAUGAAAUAGCUUGCAGCGGACCAGAUUUAGAAUCAAAUGACGAGAAGUUAAGUGUAAGUGAAGUCUACAACACAUUGUUGGUGCAGAAAAAUGUGAUAGCUUGUCACUCUGUGUAUGCUGUGAAUAUGGAACGGAUAGCCAUGAUACUGAACCAUCCUAGUUAUUAAGGAGUAUUUAAAGCGUAAAAUGUUAUUCGAAAAAAAUAUUUGUAAAUAUAUGUAUUUGAUUAGAAUGUUUUAUAA